AAGAAAUUGUAAUCGUUUUUCCCCCUGAGUAAUCCUUUACUGCUUACAGUGCUCGGGCGUCUGUUGUACUUUGUACGCUGCUCGCCAGUUAUAGAACUUAUUUAUUCUAACAGUUUCCUGCUGCCUGUGCUGAUAGUUGUUGCUGGUAGCCGCAGGGGAUCAUUUUCUCAUGCUGCUGUGAGGAGCUGGCGCGUCUCCUGCGCUCCUGGCUGCGUCCAGCCAUGCCGUCCUUGUAUACCGGAUGCCAUACCUUGAGCAAGGAUGAUGUGAAUUAUAGGAUGCAUUUCCGAAUGAUAAACGAGCAGCAGGUGGAAGACAUAACGAUAGAGUUUUUCUACAGGCCGCACACGAUAACAUUGUUAACGUGCACGGUGCUCAGUUUGAUGUAUUUCGCGUUCACAAGAGAUGAUGGAAAUCCUGACAGUAAUAUCUGGGUGGGGCUCAUCCUAAUGAUCUCCUUCUUCCUUGUCAUCAGUGUUUUGGCGUUUCCUAAUGGGCCAUUCACCAGACCACAUCCAGCAAUAUGGCGAAUAGUUUUUGGUCUAAGUGUCCUCUACUUCCUGUUCCUGGUUUUCAUCAUCUUCCUCAACUGGCAGCAGGUAAAGCAGCUAAUGUAUUGGUUGGACCCAAAUCUUCGCUAUGCCAAGAGAGAAGCUGACAUAAUGGAAUAUGCUGAGAACUGCCAUGUCAUCACCUGGGAGAGAAUCCUGAGCCAUUUUGACAUUUUUGCAUUCAGCCAUUUUUGGGGCUGGGGUAUGAAGGCCCUUCUCAUUCGAAGCUAUGGUCUAUGCUGGACCAUCAGCAUUACCUGGGAGCUUACAGAGCUAUUCUUCAUGCAUCUGCUGCCUAACUUUGCUGAGUGCUGGUGGGACCAGGUUAUUCUGGAUAUUCUCCUGUGUAACGGAGGGGGCAUCUGGCUUGGCAUGACUGUGUGCCACUUCCUAGAGAUGAGGACCUACCACUGGGCCAGUAUUAAGGACAUCCACACCACCACAGGGAAGAUCAAACGAGCUGUGCUACAGUUCACUCCCGCAAGCUGGACCUACGUACGCUGGUUUGACCCAAAGUCUUCCCUGCAGCGAGUGAUGGGUGUCUAUCUGUUCAUGAUCAUCUGGCAGUUAACGGAGUUAAACACAUUUUUUCUCAAGCACAUUUUCGUCUUUCCCGCAAGCCAUGCUCUUAGCUGGUGUCGAAUCCUGUUUGUUGGUAUCAUCACAGCUCCAACAGUGAGGCAGUAUUAUGCAUACCUCACAGACACACGGUGCAAGAGAGUCGGGACGCAGUGCUGGGUGUUUGGGGCUAUUGGCUUUCUGGAGGCCUUGGUGUGUAUUAAAUUUGGACAGGACUUAUUCUCCAAAACACAGAUCCUCUAUGUGAUCCUCUGGCUACUGUGCUUGGCCUUCAUUACAUUCCUGUGCCUCUAUGGAAUGGUCUGGUAUGCUGAAAGUUAUGGUCCAAGAGAAAAGAGCCUCUCGGAAUGUGAGGAAAGUACAUAUACAGAAUCCACUGACUACAUGUCUGAAGCGUUGAAAGGAGAGACUGAGGUAGACGGUGACAGCUCUACAAGCAGAUGGAGGGGGAAGGGCCCAGGAAAGACCAAAUCCAUCAACGGCCUGGACAGCCAGUAGGUAGUGGCUGGUGAGUGACUUCUGAAGUCACUCCGGGGAGCCAGGUGUGAAGGAUCCCAGGUUGAAUAAGGGGUAAAGAUGUGUGGCCAUUUCUGUUGUAAUUGUUGUCUAGAAGGCCCCCAUCUACACUAGAGGGAAUGGAGACAGGUGAGACCAAGAGGAUGAACAGAUCCAUGCAGUGUUAUUAGAAGUACGCAGAGGUGUUGACUACAGAGAUGUACACUAAAAUGUGUGCUGUGGUCAUAAGAGCUCCUAAACCACUGACUGUGUGUGUGUGGUUGGGGGGGGGUGGAGAAAUUGUGGUAUUUUGUGUUUGUGAGAUGAAGAGAUGGCAAAAACUGCUGAUUUUAGAUGUGACUGCAUGAUCAUUAUAGCUGACAAAGUAUAAUUUACUUUUAUCCUUUUAUACAGUAUAUCAAUACUGGUUAAUGUACAAUGGCUUUAGAAAGUACAGUGUUCAGACUCUUUAGCUUUAUGUACACUAGGUGUUAUAAAUUUGAAAUGGAUAAAAUUGACAUUUUUGCCCGUCGGUCUAAACUCAAAUUAUGACAAAGUAAAAACAUGUUUUUAGAAAUUUUAAGUAAAUAACUUAAA